GCAGCAGGGGAUGGAGACCCCUUAAAAACAUUAAGAAUUUCAGGCCCCUUAAAAACAUUUAAAAAUUCAGAUGUUUUCCAUCGGAUAUCCUCCGCCCAGUGGGGACCUGUGAAGCACAUAGAAUGACAUCAGAAAGGGAAAGAAAGAGAAGGAGGAGAGGGAGGAUAAAUUCUUCAAGUAUGAGAAAACUUCACUGUUCUCCUCCUUCCCUCCUCUUCGUCUUUCUUUCGUUUCUUUCCUUUCUCUUUCUCUCCAUCCCCCUCCUCCUGCUGGUCAGUCAGAGAGAGAAAGAGGAAACAGCAGAGAGGCUUCAGGACCACUGGGAGAGGAACUCCUCACAUCUCUCAGCAGGUGGAAAGUUCUUGGAGAGAAGACGACGAUCGAUGUCAUCACCUAUGAAGAGCCCGGCUGAGGCAAAGUGACAGCAGCUGAGAGUUCCCUGUUCUGCAGACAAUAAUAGUCUGAAAGAACUUGAUAAAAUAAAGUCCAGAUCAAUCAAAGAGCUUGGUUUUCCUGAACUGUCCAACAGCUUUCCUUUCCCUUUUCCUCCCACUAACCAUUGGAAUGGAUUCCAGUCUGUUCCCAGUAAUGCUUCCCCUCUUCCCCUCCCUCAUCCUGAUUCUUCUGGCUGGGCCAGCCAUCCUGACCCCAUCAACCUCCAAGGAGCUACAGGUCAGAGGUGAAAGGACACCAAGGGAUGCUGACCAGGACACCAUCAAGGUGGUGAUCUCUGAGGGGUGUUCCUCUCAGGGGGAUUCAUCUGAUGUGAGCCAAGGAGGUAAAGAAAUUGAUCUGGCACCUGGCUCUCCCCUGGUGCUGACCCAUAAGAUAAAACUGGUUUCAUCAGGGUCAGGUUCUGGGUCUUGUGGAUGCAAUGCAGACUUUUCUUCCUUGCGGGAGCGAUUAGAAAGUCUGGAGCGGGAAGUGUCUGACCUUCGAGGGAAGUGUGGAGAAACAGGAGGAAGCUGCUGCACCUCAGAGAGCCAAGGUGCUGGCUGCUCCAUAAAACCAGAAAAGGAGGAAUGUCCCAAUGAGUGCAGUGAUCAAGGUCGCUGUGUGGAUGGCAAAUGCGUCUGCUUUCCAGGCUACAGCGGGCCGGACUGCAGCGAGUCCAGCUGUCCCGGGAACUGUAAAGGCCACGGGAGGUGCGUGAAUGGACAGUGUGUGUGUGACCCUGGUUUCUCUGGUCCCGACUGCUCCCAAAAAGCCUGCCCAGACAACUGCAGCAAUCGUGGGAAGUGUGUGAACGGCAAGUGUGUAUGCAACUCUGGUUCCACAGGUCCAAGUUGUUCUGAAGAAUCUUGUCCUAAAAACUGCAACAGAAGAGGACGCUGCGUUAAUGGCCAGUGCGUGUGUAACACUGGUUUCACAGGUCCAGAUUGUUCCAAAAGGGGCUGUCCUGGAAACUGCAACAACAGGGGGCGCUGUGUCGAUGGCAAAUGUGUUUGUGACUCCGGCUCCACUGGCCCUGACUGCUCUGAGGUCACCUGUCCUGGAAACUGCAACAACAGGGGGCGCUGUGUCGAUGGCAAAUGUGUUUGUGACUCCGGCUCCACUGGCCCUGACUGCUCUGAGGUCACCUGUCCUGGAAACUGCAACAACAGGGGGCGCUGUGUCCAUGGCAAAUGUGUUUGUGACUCCGGCUCCACUGGUCCUGACUGCUCUGAGGUCACCUGUCCUGGAAACUGCAACAACAGAGGGCGCUGUGUCGAUGGUAAAUGCGUUUGUGACAUCGGCUCCACUGGUCCUGACUGCUCUGAGGUCACGUGUCCUGGAAACUGCAACAACAGGGGGCGCUGUGUCCAUGGCAAAUGCGUUUGUGACAUCGGCUCCACUGGUCCUGACUGCUCCGAGGUCGCCUGUCCUGGAAACUGCAACAACAGAGGGCGCUGUGUCGAUGGUAAAUGCGUUUGUGACAUCGGCUCCACUGGUCCUGACUGCUCCGAGGUCGCCUGUCCUGGAAACUGCAACAACAGGGGGCGCUGUGUCGAUGGCAAAUGUGUUUGUGAUGAUGGUUUCACUGGCAAGGACUGCCAGGAAAGAGCAUGCCCUAAUGACUGUAACGACCGUGGGAGAUGUGUAGAUGGAAAAUGUGUCUGUGACAACGGCUUCACCGGUACUGACUGUACUGAGACCACCUGUCCGGGAAACUGCAACAACAGGGGGCGCUGCAUUAAUGGACAGUGUGUUUGUGACAAUGGUUUCACAGGUGCAGACUGCUCUGAAAAAACCUGCCCCGAUAACUGCAGCAAUCGUGGAACAUGUGUUGAUGGCCGAUGUGUCUGUGAGAGCGGCUUCUCUGGCGAUGAUUGCUCUGAGUACGCUUGCCCUGAGAACUGCAAAAACAGGGGGCGCUGCAUCAAUGGACAAUGUGUUUGUAAUGAGGGAUUCACUGGUGAAGACUGCUCUGAAAAAGGUUGCCCGAACAACUGCAACAACCAUGGAAGAUGCGUGAAUGGGAAAUGUGUUUGUGACGUCCCGUUCACCGGACCGGACUGUUUUAUUAGAGGUUGUCCCAAUAACUGCAGCAACAAAGGGCGAUGCAUCAAAGGACAUUGUGUUUGCCGGCGAGGAUUUACUGGACCGGACUGCAGCCAGUGCAAAGAGGGCAUGACUGGGCCAAACUGUAACAUUGCCAUGGCGGGUGUGUCUCAGCUGGGUGUUCAGGACGUCACAGAUUCUUCUGCCACUUUGAUUUGGACUCAACCUGCUGUUCAGUAUGAGACUUAUCAUAUCACGUUUACCAGCCAGAAAGAAAAGGAUCAGCAGAUCACUGCACAGGUGGAUGGAAGCCUGACCACCUUCACUCAAACGGGCCUGGCAGCCAGUCAGGAGUACAUCGUCACCAUCGUUGGAGAGAUUAAUGGCAGAAGGGGAGUUGAGAGCACAGCUGAAUUUUUGACUGCUAUCUCUGGUCCAACGAACCUCCAAGUUGUUAAGACCACCUCCACUUCAGCAGUAGUCCAAUGGGAGGAGUCGCAGGCAGACAUUGACAGGUACCGUUUGACCAUCACACCCAAAGACGGAGCAGGGAGGUCUCGGGAAAUGACCAUAGAAGCUGGCCAAAACUCUGCCCAUAUUCAGCAGCUGGAGGCAGGGCGUUUGUACGACGUCUUAUUGGUGGCAGAGAAGGGAGUGGUCCGUAGCCAGCCAGCAACUACCCAGGUAGUUCCCGGCACCACUUUCCCAAGGGCUACCAUUGAGGACUUGACCAUGCAGGUUACUCAAGCACCAGGACAAGACCUUGGCAGCAAAAGCAGAGACUCCUCAUCUUUUGUGAGUGCCAGACCCAAAACAAGAAGACCUAUGGUGACAAAGCCAGGGCUGUUCCGUCCCAAUGCAACCAGAGUCUUGCCUGGAAGAAGACGAUUUUUACCUGAUUCUAAACACAAAAUCCCAGUGGUGUUGAAAAAAGGUGAAUCAAAAGAAAUUGAUGAAUCUAAAGCAGAUGUUCAGAUCAUCCGGGAGUCUGUGGCAGACCCUAGUGAAGAGACAUUAAGCUCUGAGAGGAGUGGUAACCAAAGUCCAGCUGUAAUCCCUGGAAAAGACUUUGAACCUUCGUCGCCCCCGUCUGAACCAAAUAAGGAAAGUAGCUCAGAGGAACUGUUCUACACUGGCUCAAAAGGACAACCAGAUGCUGACAUGACUAAAAAUAAUACUAAUUCAGUGUCUUCCGAGCCAACUGGGAAUAUCCGAAGCCAGGAGAAGAAAUGUAUGAAUAAAAUUAAGGUAACUCACUUCAGAUUCCCUUUAAAAAACAGAGGCAAUGGGUGUGAAGAGGAUGGGAUAGGUUUGAGAGAAAAUGUUUUAAGUUCUAGUAAAGAAGAAGUGCCUCCUAAUCAAGAGAAGGGCCUUGAUUUGCCACAAGACCCCUUACACAAACUAAUAACUGAAACGUUUGAUGAGCUUAAUAUCACAACAAUUUCAGUUCACCUAGCAAGACCUCUAAACCUUUCAGCUGAUGCAGAAAUGGUAAGAAAACAGAUUUUAAAGGGGUUUCCUUCACUCUUAACAACUUCAUCAUUAACUGCAAAAUCAUCCAACUUAUCAUCCACCAAGACAUCAUCCCCUGAUGCAAAAUCACUUUCCUCACCAACAGAUUUAACGUCAUCUUCACACCUGUCAUUACUAUCACCUUCCUCAAAAAAAUCAUCUGUGUCACUCCCCUCACCAUUACCCACCUCAACCAGCAUGGAUGCUUUAGGUUUAAAUGGAAGCAAUGAAUUGGAUUCUACUUCCGACUCUGCACUUACUGAGGAUAGUGAACUAUCAAGUUCAGAAGAAAGUGAAAGUUCCCCUUUCUACCAUGGUGAUCCAAAACGAGGGUCCAUACGUCGCCUUUACCCCAACUUCGACUUGCUUCGAAACAAAAGCCAUCAAAAUGUGAAAGUUCCCAUCCAUUCUCCUCCUCAUUUGAGGCAGACCUUAAUAAAAGAAACAAACAAUGUAUCAUCUUCACCAUCUUUGUCUGCUUCAAGAAAAACACCCUCAUUGGAAAGAAAUCGUCCUGUGAAAGAUGGAAACAGAGAGCCAGAUGGAAUAUCCAGAAAUGUAACCUCUGGGGUGGGAGAAAGCCAGAAAAAGAUGCCGUCAGAACGUAGACAUUUCCCUGUCCGUCGCCUCCCUCUGAAGGGUAUAUACCCACGUCGGAUGCUUUCAAAUGUUCAAAACAGAACCCGACCAGUGUCAAAGAUUUUGACUCAACCCUCCCUAUCUAUAAAUCCUGACGCAGAUACCUUGAAACAACAGAUGCUUCCCACUGAAUUAUUAAAAAAUUCCACAUCUCAUUCUAGAGAAUCUGUACUAUCUGAUCCUAUGCCUAUAACUGAAGAAAAAGAAGGAGUCGGGAUAAGUUUCUCCAAAACCAGCAUGUCAAAUGAGUUCACUCACAUCCCAAGGGGAAGGGUUGCACCUUCCUCCCUUCAGCCAAACCUUCAUCACCCACACCAACAUGGUGAAUCUGUGCAAAAUAAAACAUUCAUGAACUGGAGACGUCGCCAAAAUCCUAUCCGAGGUCCAAUACGCAGACCUUUCAUAGGGAAAAAGCAAAGUGGAGGCCCUCUUACUCCUCGGGUCAAAACUAAUGAACUGGGAAAAGACAGUACCAGUGAGAAUCCUGAAUCACAAUCAGAAAACCUAAAUACUAAGAGGCUUAGCCCUGGCCUGCAAAGUAAUCAAUCACGUGAACAAGUAAAUGGCAUAUUAAGACAAAAUAUUCUUAUGCAUGAACAGAAAACCAGUGCUGACAAACAAAUGAAGGAGUCAGAUAAUGGAGAUGAUGUCCUGAUCAAACUGGAAGCACCAAUAGAUUCUGACAUCAAAGAGAGACAUGAUAUUGACAGGGAUAUUGGUGCCACAAAUCAAAGUAGCAUCUCUGUCAAACCUGUCACACUUCCAAAUAGACAACCCAUAUCCAGAACUGUUAUAGGUGAGCAUCAUGGUUCCCAAAGUAUUGAUGGAAUACAAAAGAAAGAGUUUCCAAAAACAAAUCCCAUUGUAAACACUGUUUUUGAUACUGAAACUGACGGGACAAAACGUCUUGCUUCUGAGGUUUCUUCUUCUGGGGACGAAAGAGAACCCCUGAACUUUGUGGAUGUGACAAACCAGACUUCUGAUGGAUUCACAGUGAUGUGGGAUUCGCCUGAAGGGAAGUACAAAAACUUUCUUAUAAGUAGAACAGAGGUUGAUAAAGAUGAAAGCCGAAAACAGAAGGAAAAUAAACAAGAUAAAGAUCGAGACACCAAAGAAUUCUCAACAGAAAAUGGAGGUGACGAGGACAAUAACAAAGUACCUAAAGAUUCUCAAGUCCCAAUUACCCAAAAAGGUACAGUGGACAAACCAACAGAGAGGGAGAAAAGCUUCAGACAAGUGCUGCCUGGUUCUGCUCGCUCCCACCAGUUUGAACAUCUACCUCCUCAGACGGAGUACACCAUAACCUUGCUUGGAAAAGGUCCCGGCAUUCUAUCCAGACUGCACAAGCUUGUCAUCAGUACAGGACCAGAGCCUCCAUCCAACAUAAUGUUCAGCGAGGUGACUGAAGACUCUAUGACAGUGUCAUGGACAAAACCAAAAAGUUCUGUUGAUGGUUUCAAAGUCACCUACACCCACGCAGAUGAGGGAGAGCCAGUGUCAGUAACGGUAGGCUCCCGGGACUCCACCCUCGAUCUAUCUCAACUGUCUCCAGGAUCCUCUUAUGAAGUCACCAUCGUCUCCACCCUCGGACUGGAUGAGAGUGAUCCAAUUAAAGAUACUGUCAUGACACUGCCUGACCCACCCACUGGCCUACAAGCAGUCAAUGUGACUGACUCCACAGCAUUAUUAUUGUGGCGUCCAGCUCUUGCCUCUGUUGAUAAGUACACCAUUGUAUAUGGCUCAGGUACAGGAUCAGAAGUGAGGGUUACAGUUUCAGGAAACGUAGCUGAGCAGCAGCUGAGCGGUCUUGAAGGAUCUACCACCUACACUGUCACUGUAAGAAGUCAGCUGGGCAACCUGGAGAGUUCACCAGCUACAACCAGCUUUACCACCAAAAGCGGCUCUGCAGGCUCAGGGCAAGAUCAAAAUGAACCUCAAGAUCUAAAGGCCAUCAAUGUGACCCCUCGGAGUGCUGUUGUGUCAUGGAUACCUUUGUCAAAGCUGGUGGAUAAAUACAUACUGGUUUAUAGGAUCAAAGGUGAAAGCCCACAGGAAAUUAUAGUAGGCUCAGACCUAACACAGUUCGAGCUGACCAGACUGCAUCCAGGGUCUUUGUACAUUGUGGAACUACGGUCUAUAAGGGGAGGACAGCUGGUAGCCAGCAGCAACACUGAAUUCACUACUGGCACACUGAAGUUCCCAUUCCCAACUGACUGCUCUCAGGAACUGUUGAACGGUGUUGUCUCUUCAAAUGUGGUGGAGAUCUUCCCUCAGGGGAAACUUGGCAAGUCGAUGAACGUUUUCUGUGACAUGGAGACCGACGGCGGCGGUUGGAUGGUCUUCCAGAGGAGGAAGGAUGGCUCGGUGGAAUUCUACAAUGGUUGGAAGGAUUAUGUUUCUGGCUUUGGAAAUCUGAGUGGAGAGUUCUGGCUUGGCCUUGAAAAAAUUCACAACUUGACUAAGAUGACGAAGAUGAAUCUACGGGUCGACCUACGAGACGGAAGUGAGCAGGUGUUCGCCAAGUAUUCAACAUUUGAGGUGUCCACCAGGAACUACAAACUGAGUGUGGGUGGAUACAGCGGCACUGCAGGUGACUCCCUUAGUUACCACAACAACUGCGUCUUCUCCACCAAAGACCGGGAUCCGGCACCGUGGAUCACCCGCUGUGCCAUUUCUUAUCAAGGUGGCUGGUGGUACAAAAACUGCCAUCAAGCAAAUCUGAAUGGUCGUUAUGGAAUUGACUACAAACAUCAGGGUGUGAUCUGGAAGUCAUGGAAAGGAGAACACCAUUCCAUCCAGUUUACAGAAAUGAAGAUGAGACCAGCAUCCUUCAGGCCUCCAGCCAGCAGAACAAAGUGAGAAACAGGAUGGUGAACUCAUAAAGAAGCAGUGUCAUCAUAUGUACACAUAUAUUUUAACAAAUGCCUUGUUCUCUUUUGGAAAUAGAGAUAUUUUUCAUGUGUACAAAGCAAGUUAUCAGUGUGUAACUGUAUAUUGUGAAGUUUUUAUUUUUUCAGAAACAGUUGAUCAAAAUUAUUAGCUGGUAUCUUAAUAAGCAGCCGUUUGUGACCUCAAAAUGCUAAAAGUUUCAGAAAUGCAAAACCCAAAUUUAGUGUUUUUUUAUUGAUACAAUCUAAAACUAACCCAGGGAAAAUAUUUCCAAACCCUAAAAACUACAAAAGGCUUGGUUGUGAAGUUUCAUCCUAAUCAAAAAAGAGAAAACAAAAAGAAACAGAACAUUAAAUGAAUUCCAUGGCAUAAAAGGGUGUAAAAAAUCUUUAAUUGAUGAGAGAAACUGAUAUUAGAAAAGGUGCUAAUAUGCUUAAAAAUAUAAAGAUGCUUCUCAUUAAACCUUUACAGUCACACAUAAAAACCAGAUGAAUCUGACCUUUUGAAGUUUAAGGACUUCAUCAAUACAAACAAUACAGUAUGGUUGUCUCUCAGCAACUUUUAAAAUAGAAUGCUCUCUUUAUUGUCAAAAAAAGAUGCUUCUUGAGCAGCAUUAAAAACAUCUUAACAAUUCAAUUAAAAAAAACACUCAAGUUAAGUGGAUUCUACUAAAAUAUCAGAAGAUUAUUAUUGGUCAAAAUGUUUUUGAAAGGGGUUUCUCAUGCAUAACUUGGCAUAUCCUUUAAAAUUUUAAGACUUUUGAAUUUUUCCCAGUGUAUAUAAUAGAGCUAAUUGAGUUUUACAAGCUUUAUAAGAAAAAAAAGAAAUUAUGUCAUGGACUGGAAGUGUAUCAAAGAGGCUGCACAGAAAUUCUGCUAAAUUUGUAAAAUAAAUGCAAUAAAAAGUGAGUAAAACAAAUGGAAAUGUCACAGGCAAAUCCAACAAAAAGAAUCCACUUAGACCAAAUUGAAUGGUUUGCAUGCUGCUGCAGGUCUGAAGACUUUAAAGUAAAUAGCCUAGCUAAAAUAGGAAUGUAAAACAUUACUUAUAAACUAAGCUGGAAUCAGGAGCAUUACUGAACUCAUUAGCAUAAUUGAUGUGGAAAGCUGGUAAUGAGUGGAAGUAUUGUGUGUUUUUUCAAAUGGUUGCAGUUCUGUGUUGACAGUUUUGUUCAUAUACUGUUCUGUUUGCAGCAUUUUAAGCUAGUUUAUGUUCUUUGGCUCCCUCUCUGUCUUCUGUAAAUAAACUUACUGGUUGCUCAGAGUUCAGUAUGUCUGUGCAUAUUUUUUUUUUUUCUUUUUUGCUCUGAACAUUUAGAAUGUGCUUCUUACGGUACUGAAAACAUAAAUGUAUGUAUCUUUUCUUGUUGAAAGCCAAUCUGAAAAUCUCUUUCCUUUUUCAAAUUGGAUAUCAAGCCAAAAACAGGAUCUGAUUGUGUCUCUUUAUUCUCCUCUGUAACUUUUAUCCUCUCAUCAUCCCUGCUUUAAAGCUCAGCAGUGCCCCCUACUGUUCAGUUUUCCACCUCAGCUGGGCUUCUCAGUGUGUACAGAGAAAGAAGAGAAAAGCACCUGCUGUGGUUCAGCUGCCAUGACAGGUGCAUCACUGUCCUCACCGUGUUUGUCUUUUCUGUUUUAUUUUGUCUUUUUGUAAACAUAUCAGUGUUUUAUGUUUGUCUACCUGUGGUGCCUUGUAAGAAAAUACAACAAUAAAAUGAUUUGAGUUUGAAACUUG